AUGGCAAAUAUUGAUGGAAUGAUAUCAGUAGGGAUUGCAAAGAGGACACGGUCGCGUGACCAUGUUGUGGAAGAGUAUGUGCCUGGUUCGGCUUGGACGGAGGACUCAGAUGGCCAUUAUCUUCUUGUAGAUCUUCCGGAUUUUAAAAAGGAAGAAGUAAAGCUUCAAGUAGAUAACCCUGGGCAGAUAACAGUGAGCGGAGAGAGGCUGGUACACUACAACAAAUGUAUUUAUUUCGAGCAAAUAUUCAAGCUUCCAGAGAAUUCAGAUGCUGAUAACAUCACUGGAAAAUUUGAAGGUGAGAUUCUGUAUGUAACUGUUCCAAAGCAAGAAGAAACGUACAAAGAGCCAGAUCAAAGCCUCGGUACCACUACCAGUGAUGAAAAUCACAAUAAUACAAUAUCAGAAGAGAAGGAGAGCAUGGAUGGUCACAGACUUGCUUUAAGGAAAUAUCAAGACGAGGCAACACCAAUCGAGAAGGCUUUGGAGAUGAUAAAGAAAAACAAGGGGAUUUUGCUUGCUGCCGUUUUAGCAUUUUCUCUGGGGGUUUUAGUGACUCGUCAUAAGUUGGAAUCUGGAGGAGAAUAA